AUGCAAGCCGCCCCGCCGCCACCCGGUCCUCUUGGCCGCUAUCGCCUGCUCUCACCGACUGCUGGUCUGCGCGUGUCACCUCUGUGUCUUGGCGCCAUGAACUUUGGAGAAGGCUGGAAGGAGCUCAUGGGAGAAUGUUCUAAGGAGACUGCGUUCGAAAUCCUUGAUUACUUCUACGAGCAAGGAGGAAACUUCAUCGAUACAGCCAACGCGUACCAAGGCGGCGACUCCGAGAGAUGGCUCGGCGGGUGGAUGGCUUCACGCAAGAACCGCGACGAGAUGGUCAUCUCUACCAAAUACACGGUCGGCAAUGUCCCGGAUGGUCAAUCCCCGAAGAUCCGUGUUAACUACCAGGGCAACCACAUGAAGAGCAUGAACCUAUCUCUCGAGUCGUCCUUGCAGCGACUGCAGACCUCGUUCAUCGAUAUACUCUACGUUCACAUGUGGGACUUCUCUACCCCCGUCGAGGAGGUCAUGAUCGGCCUCAACCGUCUUGUCAUGGCCGGCAAAGUCAACUACCUCGGCAUCAGCGACUGUCCUGCCUGGAUCGUCGUCAAGGCAAAUAACUACGCGCGCCAGCACGGCCUGGCCCCUUUCGUCCUCUAUCAGGGCCGCUUCAGCGCCGCCAAUCGCGAUGUCGAGCGAGAGGUCCUUCCCAUGUGUGAGGACCAGGGCCUCGGCUUCUGCGCCUUCGGCACCUUGGGAAGCGGUAAUUUCAAGACGAAGGAACAGCGCGAGAAGGAGGCCCGCGAGGGCGUCAAGGGCAGGAACUCGUUCACCAACAACACCUCCGAGCAUUACAUCAAGAUCACCAACAAGCUCGCAAAGUUAGCCGCGAAAAAGAACACUCACAUCACUAGUGUGGCCAUGGCCUAUGCGAUCCAAAAGGCGCCUUAUAUAUUCCCUCUCAUCGGAUGUCGCACCCUCGAACAACUGAAAUCCAACGUCGAAGCGCUCAAGCUGAAGCUGACCGAGGAGGAGAUUAAGGAGAUCGAAGCAGCGGAUACCUUCGAACCCGGAUAUCCCUUCCAGCUCGUAUUCCAGAUGUACAACCCUGCCGUCCCUUACCAUGCCCGCAUGACCAUCAGCGAUAUACCUGGCGCUUGUUGGGCGGGUGUUAUUGAGGCUGUCGAGAAACCUCGCGCUAUUCACCCUCACAGUUGA